GAGCGUGAUCCAAGUUCUGUGAAAGUUUAUCAAGCAGUGACUGAAAUACAGAAAUUGAAAGGCUGUGCAAUUAAGUAAAGCUACAAACCUUCAGCUUAUGAAUACUUUAUCUUACAAUGAAUCUGGACCAGAUGUAAGUCAUUUUUAUGUCCAACUAAAUACUUUCUCUGGGUUGAAAUUAAACAGACCACUUGACGGGAAACCUUGGGGCAUACGCUGCAAAAUGUAUUUCAUAUUAUCUGUAUCGUCAGUUAUGCUGUGUAGAUUAAAGGCAUCGUGUUAAAUUGAUAAAUGCUAGAUAUCAAAACCUCACUAGGACCUUGUGAGAAUGUAUUGUAUAAAACCAGCAACAGAAAUCACCAUCCGUUCGGCCUAAUAAAUUGUGUAAUAAAUUGUGUUCUUUUAGAAAAUAUACUAUAAGCCUGGACUCAGUUAACACGUAUUCUUAAUUUUAUAUAGGUAUAUAUACAAUCCAUAAAGUUGUACUUUAACAAAAAAAAAAAAGAAAAAGAAACUGAAGCACUAUUUUCCCCCCAAUAAUCUUUGCUGUGAGCCAAAUCUAAUGGCAAAUCCAGGAAUAGAGUCCUGCACUCACCAUGUGGAACAGGUACUGGGAACCUGGCUGUUCCGCUGCCCACAAAGUGUGCCCUUUCUUCAGGGGAAUAUCCCCUCAUUGUCUGGCCUGUGUUUUAUUUGAUUAAAAAGCCCCGACUCCAGCUGGCAGUGGAGACAGGAGACCGCAGGGCCGGUGCAAUGAAAGAGCGCACCAUGGCAGUGCUGCCUCAGGAUCGAAUCUCAGGCACUCGCCCCCUUGUUGGUGUCCUUUCGCAAGAACUGACCCACAAGUAAGCGACUCAGUAAAAUCCACUUAGCCCCGUGCUUAUCGAAAAUCGCCCGGUGACUUCCAAAUUCUGUUUUGGGGCUCGCCGUCACCACCCUCUGUCCUUUGAAGAAGUUUGACUUCAGGCGCAAUAAAAAAAGGUCCCGAAAACAUUGUAGCCACAACUUCAACUGCAGGCCCAAAAGAGCACAGCUCUCGCACAGAUGGCCUCGUGACAUUGAGCUCAUUUCAGCCUAUUUAAUUAUGGAUGUCAAAGUGGACACGUUAUAACAGUCGCCGGGUGAUUGGAUUUUUUCUGAAAGAGUGCCGCGCUGACGAUGGGGAGUCCAGACAGGGGCGAGGUGGCCAGCUCACUACACCCGCCCCGCAUCGGCUUCGCUGAGACCCCCCUCACCUCCCUGGAGCGGGACGGCUGGGAGGCGGAGGACACCAAGCCGCCCCGCGACCUGGCUGGCGCCCCGGAGCGGGGCCUGCCGGGGCUCUACCUGUCCUGCUUCGACAUGCUGGUCACCGAGGACGCCGCCUGGCUGCUCAAGGUUUCGGACACCGCGCCCCCUUCGCCCGGCCCCCGCCCCGAACAGUGCCCCGUCAUCGACAGCCAGGGGCUGGGCCUCUCCUUGGGCCUGGACGGACAGAUGGAGGAGCGGUCCCUGGAGCAGGUCCAGAGCAUGGUGGUGGGAGAGGUGCUGAAGGACAUCGAGACGGCCUGCAAGCUGCUCAACAUCACCCCAGACCCCAUAGACUGGAACGUGGGGAAUGUCCAGAAGUGGAUGCUGUGGACGGAGCACCUCUACAGACUGCCUCAGGUGGGGAAGGCUUUCCAGGACCUCAACGGCAAGGACCUGUGCGCCAUGAGCGAGGAGGACUUCAGGCAGAGGAACAUGCAGUGCGGGGACGUGCUCUACGCCCACCUGGACAUCUGGAAAUCCGCUGCAUGGAUGAAGGAACGGUGCUCUCCAGGAGACAGCAAGUUUACAGGUGGGGAGGAGCCGUGGUCGGAGGCAGACUCCUUCUGUUCCGGGCAGCCCAUCCACCUGUGGCAGUUCCUUCGGGAGCUCCUGCUCAAGCCGCACAGCUACGGCCGCUGCAUCCGCUGGCUCAACAAGGAGAAAGGCAUCUUCAAAAUCGAAGACUCAGCUCACGUGGCGAGGCUCUGGGGCAUCAGGAAAAACCGUCCAGCCAUGAACUACGACAAGCUGAGCCGGUCCAUUCGCCAGUACUACAAGAAGGGAAUCAUCCGGAAGCCUGACGUGUCGCAGAGACUGGUCUACCAGUUCGUCCAUCCAGUAUGAAGAGGCGGUGGGAAGGGUUGGUAAGAGAGGAAAGUGAGGGAUGAAAGGAACUGGAGCAAGAGCCUGUAUAGACUGUAGCAGGCGUCAUACACCUCCAAGUCCUGGCCAUCGAGUUGGACUGGAUUUGAACAAGCUUACUGACCAAAACUCUCAGACUUCUCUCUCAACACUGAAAACUCCAGUCAGAAAAUGGGGGAAAAAACAACCAGAUUUCUGGAGCCACUUCACAGCACUACUGCAGUUGAGGAACCCAGUCCUGCAGAAAGCAGGCCAUACACUCCUUUUCUUAGCGCCAUUUUAUAAUCAGAGAAUGAAGUAUGUUCUCUCUACCCCAAUGAAGACGCAAAUACAUGAACUGCAUUCGUUAAAAACUUAUGUAAACUGCCUUAUUUCCCAAUACGCAUCAUCUGCCUGUUCCUGUUCAUGUUAUAGGGAUUCUACAUUAUUAGUUUGGUGAUUAGCAUGUAGGGUUCUUGUCUUUUGGUUUUCAAUAAUGUUCCAUAUUACAGAGCUCUAUUUUUUAUAAAUUAAGAGGCCUUUAUGUGUUUUGUUUUUCUUUGUUCGUUCGUUUGUUUUUCCUUUGCAAGACUGACUGUGGCAACUGCAACCAACUUAGCAGUGGGUUUGACCAUUUAAACCCUUAGACCGCAGAACCGCAAUGCAACCGCAACAGCUUUUCCAAGUUCCAGUUCCAGUCAUGACGUUCUGUGGUCCUAAGGCUUAAACUCCAGCUAAGUUGCGUGCAACUGUCCUAUUGUGUCUUAUUAUUAUCAUUCAUAUCAUCUGCUGCUUUUCUGUGAUAACAGGUUGGGUGUUCAUUCUUGGAGGUCUCUCCCUGGAAUCUGCCUUUUAACAUCCCUUCCCUGAUAAAGAAUUACCUGUAGCACUAAAGCCCUUCCUAUCACUCUACAGAGCACUGAGGAAUAUGUAAAAUCACAGACACGUACUGCGUACUGCCCUAUGCGCACCAUUUAUGUUUUGACUAGCAAAAAGGCACAAAAUACUAAUGUUACAAAAUAGUACUUCCAUAAGAAAAGAUUUAUGUCUAAUUAAUUUGAAAACAGAUUUUUAUAUGAUAAAGUCAACGCUUUAUUAAAGCGGUAUUACUAAGCCUCACCACUUGACAUUUUCUGCUUCAGAGGUGACAGAAAAGUUCAGUUGAUUCUUAAUUUCCCCCAUUCAGUUUGAUUUAAUUUAUGAUGUAUGCUUUUCUACCUUUAAAGGUUUGCACCACAUUUCGAUACAAAACAAUUGCACAUCAAAUUGGGAUGGCAGGUAUACCAUCUCGCCAAAGGUAUGCCUUGGCAGGGCGGCAUGCCCCAUACCUAUACAGCACCGACAGUUUGGCACAUUUCAGAGUUUCCUACAGAAAUAAC